AUGGAGACAAUUUCCAGAAUAUCCUCGAUGCUGGAAACAGCUCGAGAGCUCACCCUCGAGGCCGCCCAGUCCGCCGCGAGCAAUCGCAGCUCGAAGGUCGAUUAUGGCUCACGCACAUAUAGUGCAUCUCAUAUCAAGAAGCUUCUGGACAGUCGCCAGGAGCGAGAGGUGCUGGAUGGGAUGCGAAGGGUGAUCUCGUUAAUGUACUACUCCGAACCCGCCCUCACGUUCUUCUCGGCAGUGGUCAAGAACGCCGCCAGCGCCAACCUCGAAGUCAAGAAACUGGUUUACAUCUACCUGGUCCAUCAUGCGGAGGCGGAACCGGACCUGGCGUUGCUGUCCAUCAACGCCAUCCAGAAGUCCUUAACGGACCAGAAUCCUCAAGUACGCACGAUGGCUUUGCGGACCAUGUCGGGUAUUCGAGUGCCGGUGAUCAGCCAGAUCGUUUCGCUGGCCAUUAAGCGAGGUUGCAGUGAUAUGAGUCCACACGUGCGGAAGGCGGCCGCGUUGGCCAUUCCCAAGUGCUACCGCCUCGACCCAAAUACACUGCCGCAGUUGACUGGAUAUAUCUCGACUCUCCUAGGAGACUCUCAAUACUUCGUUGUCGGUCCGGCGGUAACUGCGUUCUUGGAAGUUUGCCCAGAGCAAAUCGACCUGAUCCACAAGCACUAUCGCAGCUUGGUCAAGAAGCUAGUGGAUAUGGAUGAAUGGGGUCAGCUCGCGACACUGCGUCUUUUGACCAUCUAUGCGCGUAAAUGCUUUCCCCAUCGGACCCAAAAGAUCAAGCAGGCAGUCACCGCCAAGUCUUUCUAUGAGGACGAGCAGGAUCAAAACGACCAAAGCGACGGCCCGGAGUACGAAGUUCCUAUUCUAGACCCCGACCUGGAACUGCUUCUUCGGGCGUGCAAGUUGUUGCUACAGAACCGCAACUCGGCCGUCAUUGUCAGCGUCGUCCGUUGUUUCUUUUACCUCGCACCGCCGGAGUAUCUUACCUUGGCCGUCGGUCCCCUAGUGGCUCUUCUCAGGAGUCCUCAAGACAUGCAGCUCAUCGCUCUCUACAACAUCGUGACGGUUGCUUUGAAGGUUCCUAAGCCAUUCACCAAGUAUAUUGCCCACUUUCUCGUUCACGCAAAUGAUCCACCGCAUAUCUGGCGCUUGAAACUGGAGAUUUUGACUAUUAUCUUCCCGCACUGCGGAAAGCAUUGGAAAGGUGUUAUUAUCAGCGAACUAGAGCAUUUUUCUAAAUGCACGGAUCCUGAAAUGGUUCGAGAGAGCGUGCGAGCAAUUGGACGUUGUGCUCAAGGAGAUGUUGCAACUGCGGGCAUGUGCCUCCGGAUCCUGCUCAACCAGAUCUCUAGUCUAGACGGCAACCUGGUGUCCGAGUCGCUGACGGUUAUCCGACACUUGAUUCAGCAAGAUUCAUCCUCGCACACUCAGACCGUUAUUCAACUUGUCACACACCUUGGAAUAACAACCAACCCUGACGCUCGAGCUACCAUCAUCUGGCUGGUGGGAGAGUUUGCAGGUGCGGACCCGGGCCAUAACAUUGCGCCAGACGUUCUCCGCAUAUUGAUCAAAGGCUUCACCGAUGAGACCGAGAUUGUCAAGCAACAGAUUGUGCUCCUCGGUGCCAAAGUGUACCUCCACCAUCUUCUACAAAACCCCUCACAGGAAUCAUCAGAGCCUGCCACUUCGGCUCUCCAACCUCCUGCCAACCUCGGCCAGGAGAUACAGUAUGAGUGGUCGGAGGGACAAAGCGAAGAGAAAGUAGAAACGGAUGAGGUCCAGCAACCCGAGGAAGUCAAUGAAGAGAGCGAAGACCGCAUCACUCUUCUUUGGCGCUACAUCCUCCUGCUCGCGCGCUACGACACCUCUUACGACCUCCGCGACCGCGCCCGUCUCUACAAAUCCCUGCUUGCCAGCCCAUCAUCUACUCAGCUGGCCAAUCUGUUGCUCCUGGCUCCUAAGCCUGUUCCGCAUGCCCCAAGUCCCUCAGAAACACGCAAGGACCUCCUCCUCGGAACUGCCACCCUCGUAGUGGGCCAAGACGCAGGUAUCCAUGGCCUCCGGGGCUAUGUCAACCUUCCCGACUGGGUCGAGUUAGGUCAAGAGCCGAGCGCCAGCCUUCGUACCGAAGACAUCAAGCCAGAAGCAACUACCCUCCAAAGCUCGAUGACCGCCGGCGAGCGACUGGACAAAGCGCUCCGCGAAUACCCGAGCAUCCCGCCGCGGAGACACAAUGGUGCAUCUGCGGCAGGCGGGAUGUCUGGGAAGAAGACUCUAGACCAGUGGCUCGACGAGGAAGAGGCGGAGACCGCGUCCGAAACCGAGACAGAGGGUGAGACCGACUCAGAAGAGGAAGAAACGGACUCCGAAGCAGAUGAUUCCGAGGAGGAUGACGACGACGAGGAUGAUGACGAGGAGGACGACGGUGAUGACGAUGAUGAGGAGGACGAAACUGACUCUGAGAGCGAAGCUGUGCACAAGGAGGCUCAGCAGCUACUUGGUUAG